AUGGUUAAACAUUGGACUGAAGCAUCUUAUCUGACAAACCCCACUGAUUUAGCACGAUCAAUAUUUUCUAACUCAUUCCUUAUAGCUAAGAGGACUGCGAGGUCUCUUCUGAAAAUUUGGCCUUGUAUACCCUUAGAAAAAGAAGAUUAUGAGCUUAAGCCCACAAAAUUAAAUGAAUGUUUUGAAUUUCUUCCAAUUAUAUUACGAACUGAAAGUAAUGAGCGAUUAUCAUUUAUUGAUCCAAGCACAAUGAUUAUCUCACCCUGGUCUAAGAAAGGGCCAUGUGAAGAAUUUAGGAAAAUAAUUAUUCAGAUUAAUAAUCAAAUUUUAGAAGUUGACCAAAUAGAAGGAAAAAUCAUUUCGGUGAAACCUAAUAAAUUAAAUUUACAAAAAUUAAAAUUAAAUUGGACCAAUUUAAUUCCAAAAAUUGAAUCCCACGCUUUUCACCAACUAGUGUUAUUAAAUAUGACUGAUAUUAAGGACCAUUCAUUUGUGACAAAUAUGGUUAAGAUUAGUCAAAUGACAUACAAAAUACAUGAAAAAGACACAAUAGUAUUAGCAACUAUGUCUCAAGAAUGGGAAGAGGUUGAACGGCAGAUAUUAAAUAGGGCAGUUGGCGACUAUGAAAGUACUUCGGUAUAAGAUUGACAAUGAUAGUAGCUGAAAUGUAUGCCGGGAAUGGAAGAUUGGGGAGACUAUUAUUCGGUCCUGUGGUACAAA